AUGUCUCCCAAACGUAAGCCAUCCUCCGCUACUAGUACCCCUGCAUCUGUACUUCAAAAACUGCAGAAUUCUCCUGGAGGUUUCUAUGCUGCUACACCGAGACUUAUUCAUCAUGUCAAAUAUUUCAUAGGUGGACAGGACGGAAAUAUUCUUAUCAGCAAGGGAGGAGGGCUCCAACCCACAGAAUUUAUCAUUCGUGGCAUGUUCAAGAUCAGUCACAAUGAUUUUAAUUUCACCCCAGAUGCAAAUUUCAAUCCCUUAAAUGUAUUUCAUGGUUGCUUUGCAGAUGUAAAAUUGAGCUGUCACCUUACUGCUGGUCAUAACAAUGCCUUCCGAUUCUCAUCAGAAGAUUUCCCAGACGUCCUUGACAAUCUUGCUUAUUUUGAGGGAUUGAUUCCAAGGGUCAAUAAAGAACAUCCUGAGCAAGAUACUACUAGCGAAGUUGAUGGUGACAACAACUACUUGACAAACUUGGAUGGCCUAAGCUCCGACUUCGACAUCACCACUUGGCCAGUGGCUGACCGAUGCAAAGGUUGCUUGCAGGACCUCACUUCGACACAUAUAAUUCGCCCCUUGCCAGCAUAUGACUUGGAUCAUAACCUCAUCCUGCCGUCUGAAUAUGAGUCAAAGCUAAAGGGAGCACUUGUUGAAGUGCACAUGGCAUUUUGCCAUCAUCAGGUCAAAAGCACAAAGCAUGACAUUUUCAGUGCUGUUUUACGAGAACUUACUAUCCUAUCACCCCCUGCUGCCAUGCCAAGCAGUCCCUUCAAAAUCGCUGUAUUACUGCCGGUCCUCAAUUCCAAACCUGUCCAAAUUGCGGCCAAAUGCAAGGCUAAGAUGGCUAGUGGCCAUUCAAUAAAGCACAAGGCACCCACACCAACGCCGGCAUGA